AGAGGAAUGGGCGAGUGGGGGAGCGCGAGUCAGGUGCCCAGACUCAGUGAGUCGGCGAACUCGGGCCUGGUCAACGAGCGAGUUCUGUUUCUGGUGUUCGAGUACAUGAAGUGGGACAUCCGCACGCUCUGCCGAGUCGCGGCGGUGAGCUGGAAGCUCCGCGCGCUGGCGAAGCGGCUGCUGUGGCGCGAGCUCUGCAUCUACCGCGCGCCGCGGAUGAUCGCGACGCUCACGGAGGGGGCGACGAACAGCCGGAUCAUCGGGGGAUGGCCGGCGCUGGCGAAGCUCCUCUUCUUCUGCGGCGGAUGCGAGUCGACUCGGCAUUUCCGGCUGAGUCGCGCCUCGCCGGGGCACUUCGCCGAGGAAUCGCGAUUCUCGAAGACGUCGGGGAUGAGCUUCCUAGCGAAGAGCUGCAGGGGAGACGUGCUGUACGUGAGCGAUCCGUGCGAGCACGCGGCGGCGGCGGAGGAGGGGAGGCGGCACGACGACGUCGGGGUAUACCGAGGGGUAUUUAGGGCUUUUUUCAAAUCGAGGACGCGGGAAUGCCUAAUUAGGAAGCGGAUCGGAUUCGAGGAGGGGAUGCGGUGCCCUUACUGCGCGGCUAGGGUGUGGAGCAUGACGGCGGCGAGGAUGAUUCCGAAGAAAUCCGCCGCUAGGAAGCUCGGAUCCGGCGAUGGCGCGGUGGAGUAUUUCGUGUGUCUGAACGGGCACCUCCACGGCCUGUGCUGGCUGGUGCACUUGUCCUCCGACGACGGCGGCGGCGGAGAUGAGGAGGAGGAAGAAGAAGAGGGCAGUUUCUGCAGCGGCGAGGAAGACGAUGAUGGCCACAACCGUAAUUACGCUAACAACGGUAACUAAUUGAUGCAAUUAGAUAUUUAAUUGGGAUUAGUAGAAUGUGGAUUAAGUCGGAAUCGCGAUUUUAGCGAUUGGAUUAGUUUGAUUGAAUGUGCAUUGGAAUCAGUGUAGUGAUUGGUUGGUUGAUGUCAAAUCAGAUGCACUUUGUAUUAGUAAAAGUUAUGAGUUGGAAUUUUUCUAAUUCCCAUUUA